AUGUCUAAACAACUUGAAGAAUUUUUCUUAAUGAAUGUCGUUUUGUAUUUAGACACUUUUAACACGCUCACGUCAUUUUCUUGUGUCAACACGAAAUGUGUUAAUGUAUUAAAACGGAUGCAAAUUAAUCCUCUCAUCUCUGACAAAUUUCAGUGCUACACCAUCAAAAACCCAACAAACGGGUUCUCGUGUUAUAUUUCUCGAAUUAAAAAAUUCUUCCCAAACAUCAAAACUUUGUUGUUACCUUCUUAUCAAUGUUUAGUUCCCAAAAUAAGUCUCUCAAAUCUUUCGUACAUUAAAGUGAAAUCUCUCAAUGAACAAAGUUGGACUUUGAUCCACAAAGACGAUUCAGAACAAUUUCACAAAACUAACAUCUGCUUUUACAACAUUUCAAAUUACACAAUAAAUAAGAAAUCGUAUUUUUCACUUCAAAACGAGAUAAUUAAAAAGAUGAAAACGUUGGUGGUUUACUCAAAAGAAACUGCCACUCUCUUUAUAUCAAAGUGUGAAUUGUGCGAAUCAUGCGAAGAAAUUUCGAUAUAUGAAAACGACGAUUUGAAAGAGAUGUGGGACAUUUUGGUUCAAAACAAACACGUCUUGUGGAGUCUUAAAAACUUGACGAAAAUCAGAGUUUUCUCGAACGACAAUUUACACAUGGAAAAGUUGUUAAUUUUUACUGAAGGUGCACCCACACUUGUUUUCUGCUUUUAUUUAAAUAACGAAGAAUUUGACAUGACAAAUUUAGAAAUGUAUCAGAAGUUGUGCAAGUGUGCUAACGUUGUGAUACAGACGAUAAACAAUUUCAGUGCAUUUCUUGACAAAGCAAAUACGUCAGACUACAAAGUGUCGUUCAGAAAUAUGAAGAAAAGUGUUGAAAUAGAUAGCACACAAAUAGAAAAGCUCACAUUGUUUUCAAGUAAAUACGCCCUGUUUUUUGAUGAAGUGGUGAUAAAUAACACUGAAUUAUUCAAUAUUCAACAUGUUGACGUGUCAGAAAUAGAAUGCAAAGAUGUUGUUAUACACAACACGAGCAAAGAAAAUGUUAUAAUUAAAAUAUCAAAAGAGACAGAUAAAGUAAUUUGUGAUCCAACAGAAAACGUGUCGCUGUGUUGUGUCGAAAAUAGUGAUAUAUUAAUAGAACAGACCUUUGUCACACGAUAUUUGGAUACUUGGCAUGAUUUCGACUUCUUUUUCGAUGAAGCAACCAACGAAUACGACUCGGAUUUUCUUGAAGAAGUGGCAAAUCAGAUGGAAAUUAUGAGCUUUGGAUAUUACAAUUCAGUCACCACAAAAGUAUUGGAAGUGACUGAAACACCAAAACCAAUACCAAAAGUCGUGGAAUUUUCUCGACUGAAAUGCUUAAAACUCAAAUGGACAACUUAUUUUUUGAAUUAUAAUUUGGAGUGUUUGGAACAACUUGAACUUGCAAGUAUUGGCGGAUAUAUAAAGUCGUACAAACAAGUCGACUUGAGUCGAUUUCAUCUCAAAGAUUUACACUUGGACAAUUGUUAUUACAUUAAUUUUGACCUUCCAAGUACUUUGACUGGCCUCACUGUUAGUCAUUCGUGUUCUUUACAAUUGACUGGAACAAACAAAAUCCAUUUAAAGUCGUUGGUGUUGGACCACGUUGAAGGCAUUUCAAAGAAAUGCGACUCAGCAAUUAAAGGGAAAAACAUAGUGGUUGAUUAUCCCAUUUGUUACAAAGAAAAACUUGAUAACACAGAAGAAUUUAAUAUAGAUUCAUACGUAGACACUUUUGAGUAUCGAGAAGUUCAUAUAGACAUCGCUUUUUGGAAUCACGAUUUGUUGAUUAAAACUACUGUCUGGAACGAGUUGUGGAAUAAGCAGUUCAAUAACAUAACAACAAGCCCUCACUAUGUAAACAGACGGGAGUAUAAGGAAUACAAAGAUAAUGAAAACAGCACAUGUAAUGCAGUCUUUAUAUUGGAUGAUAGAACUUUCCAAGGAAAUGCAUAUUUUGAUUUUAACAGGAUGGGCGGAAUUUGUGAAAUUGGCGAUUUCUGUUUCAAAGACCACACAAUAUGGACACCAACACAGUUGACACUACCAAAUGGACUCACAAAAAUUGGAUUUGGUGCAUUUCAAAAUAUGACUUCCAUAAGUGUCAUUAAACUUCCUGAAACAAUAAACAGUUUACCUUAUAAGUGUUUUGCAAAUCUGAUAGCUUUGACUGAAAUUGCAACACCAAAUGAGUAUAUUGAAAUCGACGACUUUGCAUUGUGGAGAUGCAAAAAUCUCACAAAUUACCCAAAAUUUGUGGUUUCAAAACAUUCGUGUUAUAUUGACAAGUACCUCAUCAAAUUGUGCAAAUUGAAGAAUAUCAAAGUGCCACAUGUUGUUGAUAGUAUACCUGACAGAUGUUAUGCGGGAUGUGACACGCUUGAAUCUGUCGAAUUUGAUUUGAGCGUCAGUUGUAUGGGAAUGGGUGCUUUUGUGGGAUGUACAAAUUUAAGUCGAAUAAAUUUGAAUGAAAAUGUUACACUUGAUAAACACUUAGUUUUUGCAAAUUUGGUAUCUCUGUGUGAAAUCGAGUUGCCACCAACACUCCAAAAAAUACGAAAUUUCAUGUUUAAAAAUUGUGUCAGACUUGAAAGUGUAAAAAUGCACGAAGGUAUCACAAAAUUUGGAGACUCGGCCUUUGAACGGUGUGUUGUUUUAAAAGCAAUACACAUACCCAAAACAGUGCAAAAAAUAGGAAUUUUGUGUUUCAAAGAGUGUUAUUGUUUAUCUGAAAUACAUUGUUCAAACACGUUGAAAAUGUUACCCACAAGUCUGAGAAGAAUCGAAAACACGGUCAAGGUGUUGUUAAUUUUAUAA